AUGUUCUCUUGUUUCUGGCGUUCAAGUGGCGCUGACCACAAAAAAGCUAAGAGGGGUCGCCUUGGCCACAUUUGGAGACGUUGGAUACGCCCUUUGACACACUGCUGGCGUGUAUCCCACAGGGAUCCUGAGGUCUGUCCUCAGAAUAAAAAGAAGACAGGCUCUCUGCCCAAGCCCCCCAGGUUCAACUAUAGAACCACAGAAUAUAUUGAACAAAUGGUAGAGUAUUUACCAACUGCAGUUCGGUACAACGACCACCUCUCGAUCAGCAUUUUUCUUACUGUUUACCACAAGUAUGUUACCACCUGGGAGGUGCUGGACCUGAUAAUGACAAUGUAUGCAUCCUUCCAGCCUGACUCACUGGAGGACCAGCAAACAAAGAGCGACAUAUUCAGUUUUCUAUCCCGCUGGUUUGAGAAAUUUCCUGAUAGUUUUAGUAAGGACCCAGAUAUGGCCAUCGUCAGGCGAUUAAUGACCUACGUGGAGCUCAAUGUGCCUUCUGAAGAAGUACAUGCCCGAGCCACGGAGCUGCUCUCAGUUCUGGAGGAGGAGGAGGCCAAAAAGCUAAAGCUUGAGAAAGCUUGUACAACAACACCAGCAGAGCCCCCAGUGCAGGAUGCCUCAGUGAUGCAAGAGAGUCUGACGGUGAGGCCAGCUUCUGAGGCAGAGCCACAGGGAGACCUGCCACCCCGGGAGGACACUGCGCUCUUGGAAACAACACCUCUGGAACCAUUUGAGCCAGAAGCUGGUCGAGUGCAGCUUCCAAGUUCAGAUCCAGCUCUGCCCACAUCACCUGAUACACAGUCACCUAUAGAUGUAUCUGCAGAUGGGUCUGCAGAUAUGGCCGCAGAUGUGUCUGCAGAUGUGUCUGCAGAUGUGUCUUCAGAUAUGGCCGCAGAUGUGUCUGCAGAUGUGUCUGCAGUUGUGUCUGCAGAUAUGGCUGCAGAAAUGUCUGCAGACGUGGAAUACAAAUCAAUUGCAGAGGCCCAAGUGCAGGAUGCCCAAGUCUCUGGGAUGCAAGAGAGUCUGGUUCGUAGGCCAGCUUCUGAGGCCGAGCCACAGGAAAGCCUGCUGCUCCGUGAGGACACUGAGCUCUUCGAGGUAACAGUUGUACAACCAUUUCAGCAAGAAGCUGGUCCAGUACAUCUUCCAAAUAUAGAUCAAGCUCUAUCGAUACCAGAUGCUAUCCAGUCACCUGUAGAUAUGGCUGCUGAUGUGGCUGCAGGUGUGGCUGCUGCUGUUUCAGCUUUCCAGCACAUAUUUCUAUCUGCUGUUGUGCACAUAGGUGCAGCAGAGUCUUCUUCCCUCUGCCUGAGGUCUUCCCGUGGCUCAGGCCACACAAAAACCAAGAGUAGUCGCCUUGGACGCCUGUGGAGAAGCUUGAUCCACACUCUGACACUCUGCUGGCACAGUUCCCCCAGGGAUCCCCAGGACGUUCCUCAGAAUAAACAGGAGUCCGGCUCUCAGCCCAAGACACCUAGGUCCACCAGGAAGAACAGAAAAUGUGUUAAAGAAAUACUGUACUAUAUCCCAGGUGCUGUUCAGCGCAACGACCACGAUUCCAUCGACAUUUUUCUUGACAUAUACAGAAACUAUGUUACCACCUGGGAAGUGCUGGACCAAAUGAUGAGAAUGUAG